AGAUGCGGCACGAAGCGAGCCACAAGACCGGCCGGCCGGUCUGUUGAAGUUCCUGACCUCUCAGAGUUCUCGAUAAAGCGAUGGAUAACGAAGCGCUCAAGAAGGCUGCCAUUGCGGUGCCAGCCAUCGCGGUUUUGUGCUAUGUUGCCUACCAGGGUACAAACGUCUUGCGAUGCAUUCUGCCGCGCAAGGACGUGCCUCAGGACGUGAAGGAUAAAUUGAUCGCCGGCUACCAGAAACUUCAAUCGAGUCCACAAUGCAAGUCGCUGCUCAAGAAAUACCUCACCAAGGAUGUCCUCGAGAAACUUCAGAACAGGAGCACCAACAUGGGGGCGACGCUGCUCGACGUCGUCCAGUCCGGCUUUGCCAAUCUCGACUCCGGGGUCGGAGUAUACGCUCCAGAUGCCGAAUCUUACAAGUUGUUCGCACCGUUGUUCGAUCCGAUCAUCGACGAUUACCACAACGGCUUCAAAGCCACCGACCGUCAUCCGAGAUCUGAUUUCGGUGAUCUGAGCACACUCGUCAAUUUAGAUCCCGAGGGUAAAUUCGUCAUAUCCACACGAGUGAGAUGCGGCCGGUCGCUUCAGGGAUAUCCUUUCAACCCGUGUCUCACCGAGUCGCAAUACCGAGAGAUGGAACACAAAGUAUCCUCCACUCUCAAAGGAUUGUCGGGUGAGCUCAAGGGCGUCUACCACCCGCUCACAGGGAUGAGCAAGGGCGUUCAACAGCAACUCAUCGACGAUCACUUCCUCUUCAAAGAGGGCGACAGGUUCUUGCAAGCAGCCAACGCUUGCCGCUUCUGGCCAACCGGAAGGGGCAUUUACCAUAACGAUGCGAAAACUUUCCUCGUCUGGGUGAACGAGGAGGACCAUCUUCGGAUUAUUUCCAUGCAGAUGGGCGGCGACUUGAAACAGGUCUUCGGCAGGCUUGUGAACGGAAUCAAGGCAAUCGAGGCACGCAUUCCAUUCUCAAGGGACGAUCGUUUGGGCUACCUCACAUUCUGCCCCACUAAUUUGGGCACAACCAUCCGUGCCUCCGUACAUAUUAAGCUGCCUAAGCUCGCCGCCAACCGGACGCGGCUCGAGCAGAUCGCCAGCAAGUACAACCUGCAAGUCCGAGGAACUCGAGGCGAGCACACCGAAUCGGAAGGGGGUGUUUAUGACAUUUCCAACAAGAGACGUAUGGGCCUGACGGAGUACGAGGCGGUCAAGGAAAUGCAAGACGGAAUCCUUGAGCUCAUCAAGAUGGAGAAAGCGUCUUAGGAGGAUGUGUCGGAUGCAGCUUCUGCUUUUCGUUUCGUCUGAUUAACUGCGAGCGAUCUACACAUUAGCGACUAGGUUGUUACACAAAUAUUGUUGGAACGAGCAACAAUCCGUCAUGCACAGAUUCCAUGCACGGGGCUUGAACUGUUGCUGAUUCGGCAUCGGUAUGCAACAUGUUUAUGCUAGGCAAUCAUUUCCUUUGGGCUAGCGGGACUUUUGCUUCCCGCGCGCGAAUGAGUACACUCUAGUCAAAAGGAGCAGCGAUCUACACGCUGCGACCCGUGGACACGGGACGCGCCGUUCGGACUGACUGGCGCCUGGGAGUUUACACAAGCGUAGGCACAGAAGAUACGAACAAUUUCCACAAGCUACUUUAUCGGAUAUAAGCAGAGACGAGAAAUCGAAUAUUUAUCAUGAACAUACUGCGCUUGACCACAAAAAUGUGCUGUGAAUAAAUCUCCGCGUUU